UGUUCUGCCUGGUGGCACAUACAGCUUUACAAAGAGAUCUGCUUAAGGAAGGAGAUGCUCUUUAUCCAAGAUCAAAUACUCAAUGUCUGAGGAUAGAAUCCUGAAUUUAAAAUCACACUACGAUUAGCGACGGGACUGGUAAAAUGACCCAGUGUCCAGCAACCCUGACUGCUGUGUAGACGAUAACUGGAUCAUGAUGGUUAUUUACGUUGAACUUUGACCUGUGGCCGUUGUAUGAAGUACAAGAUUUUCAGUCAAUUGGUGCUUGCAGCUGACUGUUACAAUCUUGACACAGAAGAACUAUGUGAAUAUUUUUCUCAGCACUUGGGUGAAUAUGAGAAUGUACUAGCAGCACUUGAAGACCUCAAUCUUUCCAUCCUGAAGGCCAUGGGCAAAACAAAAAAAGACUACCAAGAGGCCUCCAACUUGGAACAAUUUGUAACCCGAUUUUUAUUGAAGGAGACCUUGAAUCAGCUUCAGUCUCUCCAGAAUUCUCUGGAAUGUGCCAUGGAAACUACUGAGGAGCAAACCCGUCAAGAAAGGCAAGGGCCGACCAAGCCAGAAGUCCUGUUGAUCCAGUGGCCUGGAAAGCGAUCAAGUCGCCGAGUCCAGAGGCACAACAGCUUCUCCCCCAAAAGCCCCCAGUUCAGUGCCUGUGGUCCAGGCUUAUUAGAAGAAGACAACCAGUGGAUGACCCAGAUCAAUAGACUCCAGAAAUUAAUUGAUCGACUGGAAAAGAAGGAUCUCAAACUUGAACCACGGGAAGAAGAAGUUAUUGAAGGGAAUACUAAAUCUCACAUCAUGCUUGUGCAGCGUCAGAUGUCUGUGAUAGAGGAGGACCUGGAAGAAUUCCAGCUUGCUCUGAAACACUAUGUAGAGAGUGCUUCUUCCCAAAGCGGCUGUUUGCGCAUUUCCAUACAAAAGCUUUCCAAUGAAUCUCGCUACAUGAUUUAUGAGUUUUGGGAGAACAGUAGUGUGUGGAAUAGCCACCUUCAGACGAAUUAUAGCAAGACAUUCCAAAGAAGUAACGUGGAUUUCUUGGAAACUCCAGAACUCACAUCUACUAUGCUAGUUCCUGCUUCAUGGUGGAUCCUGAACAACUAGAUGUUCCUAGACAUUUUCCUCAUGGUUCCAAGUGAAAAACAAGUAUUCUCAUCUAAAAUGUGAAUUAGAAAAUUCUCUGCAGUUACUAAUCUACACUAUACUUUUAAUAUAUUUAAGACGUGCACUCUUCUAAAAUGUCUUCUAGAUCUUUCAUGUGAAUUUUAGCUAAAUUUUUGAAGUCUGCUGUUUUGCUACAUUGUAACCUAAAACCCUUUCGUGGCAAAAUCCUAAUAGGUGAAACAAGUGUACACAUAAAGGAACAAAUUUGUGAAAAAGAAGUGAUAAAAAAUAAUUGAAGUGGGAACUUUUAGAGUAUAUAGGAUAGCUUCUGUGGAUUUGUCAUAAGCUAGGGGUUAAAUCAGUGUUUUGUCAUUUUUAAGUAACUGGUUUUCUGUGAAUGAAGCUUAUAUUCUUCAGUAAUGCUCACUGUAUUCCCAACUCACGAUCUUUUGAGUAUUCACUGAAAAACGCUAAUACAUGCUCCAAAAUGGUGUCCUUAUGUGCAGAGAGAGCAACGGCAGGGAUGCAUGUGCACAGAGAAAAGGCCACAUGAGGACACAGUAAGAAGGUGCCAGCAGCAAACCAAGGAGAGGUCUCAGAAGAAAUCAACCCUGCUAGC